UUUCGGCAUUCUUCAUCGCUAUCUCACCCCUCGCGAAUCCUUCCAUCAACACUUCUUUCCAUGAGUUGCAACGACUCACCACCUCUAUCACCAUGGACCCGGCUUCAGCCAUCGGCAUAGCUGCCUCGUCCCUCUCUUUACUCGCGGCUCUAGGCCGGUCCGUUAUAAGCGUCAAGAACAUGAUUGACGGUAUACGGAACGUGAAUGAGGCCUCCGGGCAUCUUGCCGCAGAGCUGGACACCUUUCAGUUCUCGCUAUCUAUUUUCGAGCACCAGGUUCGGACCGGGGCCAUAAGGAAUCACGUCGCGGGAUGGUGGGAUUCGCAAUCGCUAGAGGCCCUUCUCACGAAUGCGACGCAGACGUUUUCGAGGCUUGAUUUUAUCUAUCGCGCAAUUCGUCGUGAUAGAUCCUUCCUCGAUCGGACGAGGGAGUAUCUCCGCACUACUAUGUAUGAUCAGGAGAUCAAUCAUCUUAAAUUGCGGAUCAAUACGUACAUAUCUGCCUUCAACAUCCCAGUUCUAAUGAAUAUGUAAGUAAACUGGCCCCCUUCUUUUUGGUAAUUCCUACUCUUCCCUCUUGACCAUACUUUCGGUUUAUUAAAGUUGGGUGUGCAGCCAAAAUACUCGCUCAAGUAAUCGGAAUCCCGACCAACAACCCGAAGAGGGCCUCUUACUAGGUAGAAUCUUACAGUUGGAGGAGAACACUGCCGCUAUACUGGCCGAGGUUCAUGGGUUUGCUCAUGGUAAUGCUAGGGGUCAAUCCG